GAUACCUGUAAAUAAAAUAUUAUUUCGAAUUGAUUAAUUUUCCCAAUUAUGUCAGUAAUUAGUCGCCAGUCACCCCCGAGGUUCAUUAACCUUGGCGAAAACGUAUACAGGGUACGCAGAUUUAAUGGUAGCUAUCAAAACGUAUUUAUGCCCAUUACUUACGACUCUCUCGAAGACAAAUUGAUAGAGGCUAGAUGCCGAUGGGGCCCUACCAUGCCUAUGGACUUGCAAGACCAUUUUAUGUUCGCUCAACAGCAUUUCUACGUGAGCAGAUACAUUUCACUAUCUAGGCACGAUGGUCUCCAUAUCUGUCAUGCAUUCAUCAAUGGCUGGUGGGUCAUAGGGGACGGAAUAGCACAUAGUAUUGUACGAGAGGUCCUAAAAGAUGAACCCAGAGUCAGAAAUUUGUGGGAUAACUCACGAGUUUCAGGUACAAAUAUUUCUGCUAAAAGGCUAUUAUUCAAUAUUCGUCGUCAUAAAAUCAAAAUACCCCCUAGAAUCAUUAUUUCCAUGGGAAGCCACGAUAUGCUGAAAGAAACUUUCAACAAAGCUUGCAGCAAUACGACGGAGCUGUUUGCUCAUUUAUUGAAUCAUGGCGCAGAGGAAAUUUUGAUUUUGCCUAAUAUUCGUUCCCCUUUGUUACCUGAUCAGACAUUACGUAAUAAAUAUCGAAAAUUCCUCCAAAAUACUCUCCCUAAAAUGGAUUCAGAAAUUAUUGAUUUUGCGUGGAAUUGUGAAGAAGUUAUUGAUAGAGCUGAUCCAUUCUAUAAGGAUGGUGUUGGCAAUUAUUAUUGCAACCCUAACAUUCAUGCUGAACUGGCAUUUCGAAUCAUUAAAUUUACUCAAAAUUGGGAACCGUAUUGGAGAUUGAAUGUCUAAAUUCAACUGAUAUUUACGUAAAUGUCUGCUAAAUGCUGCGAUACUUUGUACAUAUCGUAAAUCUAUUAAUUUCCAUUUCGAAUGGCGUACUAAUUACAUAUUUUGUACAUAUCAUAUUCGUUUAUUUGAAUAAGAGAAGGCAUUUUAUUUGGUAUACCUAUUUGUUUUGCGACUACACCUGCUUGACCGAAGGCAGUUUAAUUUUGUCAAUGUGAAAAAAUCUGCUCGCAAAUAGUUGACGCAAAUGCGAUAACAUCGAUAGGCAGAAGAGAAAGAGAGGAGGUGGUGUUUUCGGUAACGUUCCUAGAACACAAAGGAUCAUUCCUUAUCUUUUUCUUGGAACCGGUCGCCGAGCCGAUGCUCAGCUUAUUGCGACAUUCAGCGCCAUUAGUAUUCUGUCUUUGUUCAGGUGAUGUUACUUUCUAGCCAUCUCGGUAUAGUUGUGAAUUUUUCUAUGUGUUUUUGCGAUUUUUUAUUAUAAUUUGUUAUUUUACGUUAAAGGUAAAGUUUAUUUGUUCUCAACUGCGUUAUAAUUAGUUCGCAAAGGUAUAUUUUUAUUAAUUUGAAUAUUUUUUACCCCAAACAGUGUGUGGUGCGACGCCAUCUUUGCAUGGAUUUGUUAUUCGACGAUAUUUAUUUGGAGUUAAUUCAACGUAAGUAAUUCAUUAUUUUCGUAUUAUUAUUCGUUUAAUUACCAUCGUAUUAGACCUACUAGUUGUACAGCACGUGUGUUAUUCGUACAUCGUACCUGUAAAAACAUCUACUUCAUAUGCUUACCAUACACGCUUGAUGAAGGUAUAUUUUUAGGAAAGACCUAAUUAAAAUAUCGCAUUUGGUACGUAAUAAUUACUUUAACUGAUUCAUUCAGGAAUAAUAAAAUAAAAAAAAAAAACGGAGGAGAAAAAUCGAAGCAUUUUCCACCAGAAUUCUUAUAAAAUAUUCAUUCUGAUUGAUUUAGAUACACACGUGCUGAUUGUUUGAUUAAUUACUUACGUAAAUUUCGCCGAAUCAUACCAUUAAUCACUGUGUUUUGUACAGAUUGAUUGUUGGAAGAAGAUUUUCUAUUAUUAUUUUCGUUACCGAAGAAGUAUUCUAUUUGCGGUGUUAAUCGUCGUCCUGCCAUCAUUUCGGUGAUUUACGUUACUCUCGGUUGGAGAAUUCAAAGAUCCACCUUCUCGGUCGGAUUGGCGGUGCUUCCAGUUCUUUGGAGAUAUUUUGUAAUUAUACGGAGACGUGUACUGGAACGUUAAUUUUGUCAUCUCAAUCUACUCCUUGGAAUUCACGAAAGGUAGAUCUAAUUCUAGAAUUAAUUUUAUCAUUAGUUUACAAACCAUUUAUUCGGUAUUUCCGUAAAAAUAGUAAUGGACAUAUACCGAUAUGUACGAUGGGAUGGAUCCCAGUAUUCAUAUAAUAUACGCAUGCUCGAAAAUCCAAACCAUUCCAUCAAUCGAAGUGGAAAUUCUGAUCGAAACAAUGAUGACCAUUCUUACGAAUUACCUGGCAUACCAUCGCAUUCUUAUUAUAUAAAUGAUGUUGAUGUUCGAUUAAUUGACGAACCUAUCGAUCAACGUUCUGAUUUCGAAGAUUUGUCCUAUUAUUUCGAUAACGUUGACCUAAACGACGCUGAUUUUGGUGUUAUUUCCAGUAUGCAUCCCUACCGUGCACCAUCUUGUCAAUGGUGCGGUGAAGUGUUCGAGGAGCAUCAGGAGGUGGUUAGGAAUGAGACAUGCUCUCAUUGUUACCACCGAAUGUGCGUCCGAGAUAUGACUGAGCGUAGGACUCCUCAGGGAAAUAGAGUCGUUAUGCAGGCACGAUGUCAAAACAGAAACUGUGGAGCAAACGUCGUGAGGCAACGCUACCAUUCGUUGAAUUUUCGAUAUGAGGUCCCACGCAACGUUUGUACGAUCGCUCGCCACCGUCAACAAAUCUCUACGCUCGAAGCUUCGGUAACACAAUCCCAAGUUAACAACGGGAUUUUACGUGAACGCAACACGACUCUCCUGCGCGAAGUUGAAGACUUACGCAGCCGACUAAAUAAUCGAGGUAGUAUUAGUUCAUCUAUUGAUUUACCCUGUGAAUUCUGUAAAUUAAUUCACGCUAACAAUUUAGAUCCGAAUCCAGUCGAUGAAAUGCAUGCCAUUCAGGCCGCCAUGGCUGCCGAAAAUAAUCCACCGAUAAAUCUCCAGCGACAAGCUGCGAUCAACGAGGCUAACGAAAUGAUGGACGAGGUAGAGCGUUUAAUUGAAGCAGACAUUCCCGUAAAUAAUCCUGUAGCCGCCGAAAGAAUCGUUGAUGACGUAAUACUUGUCAACGAGGAAGGUUUUGAAAUCGAACGUAUCGAUACCGAAGAGUCCGACGGAGGCGAACAAGGCGAUAUCCCACCACCAGGUGUGGUCGAAGCUGAUGCUCCUGAAAUUGAAUUACAACCACCGGAGAUACCAGCCCCGUCUGUAAUCAACGAAGCUGCCGUCGAUCACGCUCCAGUCAUUGCUGAUAACGCUUCAGUCGUCGCUGACAACGAUGCCGUAGCACCAGUCGCCGCUAACGAUUCCGAACCUGCCGACAAUAAUGUACAUUUACCAGUCGCCGAACAUGACGAAGAUGCUGCUAACGAUGCACCAGUAGCGGUCGAGAAUGAUAAUCCAGCUCCAUUAGCUGAAGAUCGACAACCGCCGGCACCAGUCCCUAAUCCGGUCGCCGUAGCCGUUGGAUUAAUUCCCCGUCAACACCCGAGGGACCCAAGACCACCGCCACGCGAUUUGCGUUCCGAUUAUUACCAUCAACGCGAUGAUUUUGUAAACGCAGUAUUACGUGAACGAGCUAUGGCCGAAGCACGAUAUCUACCUCAGGCUGCUGAACGCAAUGUAGUCCGCAAUGCUGAACCACCGCAAGGUGCGGCUCAGCUGAUGGACGAUGAAGACGCGCCUAACGAAGAUAUCCGUGAUGAGAGAGAAAUCCGGCUAUACGAUGGAGGCGAAGAUGGCCAACAGAUGCAGAGAGGUGUAUUUCCGAACCGCCGUACUAACAUCAUGGCGAAUUUGCAUCGUGCCGGAUACGAACCACACGGCCGAAUUGAUCGAAAUCUUCGAUAUGAAUUUAUUCAUCAGUCGAAUCAGAUGUACUCCGCUCUCUUCACCUCCUGGUCACCUGACAACCGUCAGCCCAUCACCAGUAUCUUUUUUAACGGAUACUGGGUCAUUGGCGAUGGGCUGGCGCACGGUGUCGCCAGAGAACCUCUACGCCGUAACGCAGUGUUGAAAAAUCGUUGGGAUCGAUCGAGGGUUGCAGGAAGUUUCCUGUCGGCGAGAAGGCUCAUUCAUAAUAUUGAAAAUCAUGUCCUGAACGUGCCUCCCUUCAUCCUUCUCAGCAUGGGCGUACACGAUCUUGCGAUGGAAACUGAGCUCAACGCUCGAUUAAAUACUCAGGCUCUAAUCGAAUUCCUGUUGCGUCAAAACGUUCGCCAAAUAUUGAUACUUCCGCUAAUAAUUGCGCCGCGACGUCCGGAUGCUGAGGUGCGAACAGAGUACCGUGAUUGGAUGAGACGCGUCCUACCGGCAUUGGACCGAGAGCGUGUUCAAUAUUUAGACUUUAUUGAGCCGAUUGUGGACCGCGUCCAGCCUUAUCAUGAGGACAUGGCCGGUAUAAUUUAUGCCCAUCCCUUCGUCCAUUACGACGUGAUGAUGGCAUUAAUCCACCUGCUCGACCCCGACGACGAUUAAACCGACAUUUACGUAAGUUUCACCUGUACAUAGAUUAGUUUACUCGUUUUUCGCUCAAAGUGAGUUAUUUGUUCAAGCAUGUUUAUGCUUAUACUUUUUGUAUUAUUAGUUUAAUUGUUUUUUGAAGGGGAAAUCGGUAUAAUUAGGCCGAAAAACUAUUCGAUAUUAUUUUCAUUACGAGCCUCGCUGAAAUUCGAUUUCAACAAGGUCCACCCUUCGUGGCUUGUUACCCACUUUUUCAUUACGAUUUCCCCAAUGAAAACUAAUAUUGUGAUUUAUUUUGUGAGUGUUAUAAUCAUUGUUUAUUUGUUUUUUGGCGUUUUUGCCAGUAUUUUUAUGUUUAUUACUUUAAUUGUUCUUAUUGUUUAUUAGUUUUCUAAUGUUUUCUCAUUAUAAUAUACUCGAUUAUUUACUAAGGAAAAAAGGGUACGUGUUUUCUCUAUGAGAUGUACAUUUACGUUAAAAAGCUAAUUGUUGAUUUACGCUUAGAAUUAGCCGAUUAUUAUUUUUACCAUCUACGUAUCCCUUAAUUAUUAUAUCCCAGUAGUUAUUUACGCAAUCAUGUUAUUCGUUAUUUUUAUUGUUUGUUCUUUGCGUUCUCGCAUGAUUUAAUGCGAAUAGAAUAAAUUUUGGUUUGAAGAAGUAUUCAAUAUUAUUCUUUAUUUUAAUUAUCAUAUUUGCAAUCGUACCAUUGAAAAUGAAUGAAUUUUAUGAAUAGCUACCUGGGAAUGCGAGUAUUAAUUAAACUGAAAAGAUCGAUAAUUUGAGAAAAUAAUUAGAGCCAAAAAAGAAUAAAAAUAUACUCACAUCAUUACUAACGAAAGGGUUAUACUUGAAAUUAGAGAGAGAGACGUUUUGCUCUUGUUUGAAUGAUUUUAGGUAUUUCCUCUAUUAAUUUAUUAUCGUAACAUUGAAUAUUAUUGAUUUUGGGUAUUUCCGAAUACUUCCAUAAUAAAAUAUAAUGUUCAAUUCGAGAAGAUACUUACGCAAAUAUCUUUUAGAUCGAUAGGUAUUCGAAUGCCCUCCCCUCUGUAUUAUCAUAAUGCAGAAUUCAAUUUGAAACUACAUCGAUGGGUAUUUCCAAAAUGCCAGAAUUGCAUAGGUACUUGAUAAUUAUUUAUUUUUUGGAUACUUAU